CGCCGUCGCUUCCCCCUUCGUCCCCUCCCGCUGAAACGGCCGUUGCUUUCUUCUGACAGAACCCGCGCGGCCGCGCCUCGAUCCACAACCCUAGUGUGUGGGCGUAGGCGUGAGCGUGGCACAUGGAGACCACGGCAGGGCCCGCGGUGCUCACGGAUGAGCAGCGCCGGCGCAUCGAGGCCAACCGCAUCUCUGCCAUCGAGAGGCUCAAGCGCUCGGCCGCCGCCGCCGGCUCCACUGCUGACGCCGGCGUGUCCAGGCUCGCCAAAUGCCCAAGAAUCGCUCCUCCUCUGCCCCCGCGUCCUUGCCCGCCGCCUGCGCCUCUGACGGGGUUCCUGGCGGUGUUGGAGGUCUGCAGCCCCGACGAGUUCCAGGUGACGGUGGGUCCAGCGGAGGGCGCCGCCUUCCCCGGGGAGAGCGAGUGCCUCCGUGCCGUUGAGGAUUGCGUCGCUUCGGCUGUACCAUUCUGUACAACACAAAGUCAGAGCGGUCAUGUUUCUUCUGUCUUUAAGCUCGUUCACUAUGAGCUGGUCUUAAAAUGCUUGAAGAAGUUGCCUGGAAUUGUUGUGCAAGAUAUACCUUAUAGAACAAGGCGUGCUGUUCAAAAUUGUGGCACAAACUGGGCUUCUGAUAAAGAAGUUAAUGAUCUUCUUACAAAGCUACCAGAUCAUUUACGAGAUGCACUCCUACCCUUUCAACUUGAAGGUGUGAAAUUUGGGCUUCGGAGGCGUGGGCGCUGCCUUAUUGCAGAUGAGAUGGGGCUUGGCAAGACUCUCCAGGCGAUUGCAAUAGCUUGUUGCUUCAAAGAUGAGGGCUCUCUAUUGAUAGUAUGUCCAGCUGUUCUGCGUUAUACUUGGGCAGAGGAACUGGAACGCUGGGAUCCUUCAUUUCUGCCAAAAGAAAUCCAUCUCGUGUUUGGUCGACAAGACAGUCUUGAAUAUCUAGAUGCUUGUCCGAAGGUUGUUGUUAUUUCAUACAAGAUGCUAAGCCGCCUUAGGAAAAGUAUGGUUAAUAGGAGAUGGGCAUUGAUGAUCAUUGAUGAAUCCCACAACAUACGCUGCACAAAGAUGAAAGAAGAAAAAAAUGAGACAAAUGCUGUACUGGAACUAGCUCCUAAUAUCAACCGCAUUGUGCUGCUCUCUGGAACACCCUCUUUGUCAAGACCUUUUGACAUCUAUCACCAGAUCAAUAUGUUAUGUCCUCAUUUGCUUGGAAGUGAUAAAUUUGAGUUUGCAAAGAAAUAUUGUUCACUUCAUGUUGCUCGAAGUUCGCAGGGUAAAAUUUACCAGGACUUUUCAAAGGGUGUGCGAUUGACAGAGUUAAAUGUUUUGCUCAGUCAGACUCUCAUGAUUAGGCGCUUGAAGGAGCAUUUGUUGAAUGAACUACCCCCCAAGCGCCGACAGAUUAUUAGAUUGAAGUUGAGGGCAUUAGGUUUCAAGACAACUAUGGCCUCUUAUAUCCAAGAGAUGGACACUGGCACAUAUAGUAGUUCUGAUACUCCUACAGUUGCCACAUCCGAGAAAAGCAAUGAUUAUGAAGCAGAAGUGGGAGAAGAUGAUGUUUGCAAGAAAUCUCCAAGGCAUUUCUCUCAACAGGAAAUUGGCAUUGCAAAAAUACCUGGGUUUAGUGAGUGGUUCUCAAAUCAUUUGAUACAUGACAAUCCAGACUCCCAGUCUAGUUGCCAGAAAACAAUAAUUUUUGCCCAUCACUUGAAGGUUCUAGAUGGAGUGCAGGUGUUUCUGUGUGAGAAGGGGAUCAACUUCGUUCGCAUUGAUGGUAGCUCACUUCCUAGAGAAAGGAAAGAAGCUGUUGAUUCUUUCCGUUCAAAUCCAGAGGUGAAGGUUGUGGUAAUUGGAAUUACUGCUGGUGGUGUUGGUUUAGACUUUUCAUCUGCUCAAAAUGUUGUUUUUCUGGAGCUCCCAAGAUCAUCUUCAGAGUUACUUCAGGCUGAGGACAGAGCUCAUAGGCGUGGUCAAACAAAUGCGGUCAAUAUAUAUAUCUUUUGUGCAAAGAACACAUCAGAUGAGUCACAUUGGCUUCACUUAAACCAGAGUUUGUUCCGUGUCUCAUCUGUGAUGAAUGGGAAGAAAGAUGCGAUACGAGAGAUCGAGGUUGAUCAAGUUUACCACCUUGGGGAAAUCAGCAACACCAAGGAGAAAACACAGCAUGAGUCUUUGGAGAAUCAUGAUCCAGGCUCUAAUGAUGGAUCAAAAGAGCUUUUAGAAAGUGACACUAUGUCCAUCAACUUUGUUCCUGGCAUUAGCGAUAUGGAAUUUGAGUGGGAUUUCACUAUUAGGUCGAUCCCUCUAAACUUUGAGGAUGAAAGCCUUCAUUCAGUCAUGCAAUAUAAUACAGCUCUAACAGCACAUGAAGCUACAGUUUGCAAUAGUUUUUCUAUUUCACCAAAUGCGUUUUGCUAUUCAGUUCCAAGCUCUAAAUCCAUAAAGGCUCGUAGGAGGAUUUCUGAAAGUCCUGGGACUAUUUCAGAUGGUCAUAUUCAAGUGGAGUAUCUGCGUUUUGAGGUUAGCCAUCACACAGGUCGAAUCCACUUGUACAUUUGUGUUCCAGGACAUGAUUCAAGACCUAGACCACUUUUUCAGAAUUUUCUGCCAGAGGAAGUACAAUCCCUAUGCUCUAGCAGUGUUAAGAAAGCAAGUAGACAGCUAUUGAAGAGCAAUCCAACAUUUUGCAAUAUGUUCAAGGAUUUUUUUAAAGAAUGGUUAGCACUAAGGCCAAUUGAUCAGAGGAAACUGUUGGGGAAACCGUUACAGAUUCCAUUGAGUGUUGAGUUGUGCUAUCUGAAAAAUAGCAUCAACCACACCACACAAGGGUUGAUUAAAGGGGGGAGUAAGAGGCGUAUAACUCCAUUGAGUGUUAUUAGUGACCCUUUGCCUGAAAAUGCUGAAUGGAGAAAGGUGGUUUUACAUAAUGGUACAACUAAAGAGAAAGAGUACACUCAAGGUUGGACUGCUGAUGAUGAGCCUCUCUGCAAACUAUGUCAAGGACUUUGCAAAGGAAAUCUUGCGAAAUCACCUGAGUAUUUUGAAGAUCUAUUCUGUUGUCUGGACUGCUUCCAGAAUUAUAGAUUGAGAACCAGCCAGGGGGCUCUGAGGCAGGCAUUGUUUCAAAUAGAACAUGGUAUAUGUUCCCAGUGCAAGCUUGACUGCUGCAAGCUUGUCAAAUAUAUUAAACCCCUAGGCAAGCAAAACAGAGAAGCAUACAUCAGGAAUGUUGCUCCAAAUAUUGCAAAUAGAAGGAAACUGCUAGGAAAGCUUGUCCAAGAGCCAACCGAGGGAAAUGCUUGGCAUGCAGAUCACAUAAUACCUGUAUAUAAAGGAGGAGGGGAAUGUACACUUGAGAAUAUGAGGACUCUAUGUGUGGCUUGUCAUGCUGAGGUCACUAAAGCUCAGCAGAAGGAGCAAAAAAAACUAAGAAGGGAGGCGAAAGAGCUUCUGAGAAAUGCAAUGAAGCAGCAGAAGGACGAUGCAAGUGAAGCAACAGGAGACGACAAUUCUUUAUUGGUUGCUGUUCCUGGCAGUGCCUACUCCUUAGUACUUGAGGCUCCUCAUACGCCUACAAAAUAGGUCAUGUAUACACAUGGAAUGCAACCAGGCAUUGUUGUUAUAAUGUUUGUAUUUUAAGUUGUACUCUGGUACCAUCUUCAGCCAUGUUUUGUUUUCAACUGUGGAAAGUUUGCAGAAUCAUGUAAAGGUGCUGGGGAAGUUUUUUUUGGGCCCAAAUGCAACCAACUUGUUGUGAGCUGUCUGUAGGAAUCGGGCAAUCUUGUCGUAUGCUGCUGUAAGAAGUUUUUUUUUUUCAAUUUCAAAUGCUGGAUGCAAUCUUGUAACUAUGUCUGUGAGCGACAUGUUGAGGCCAUUUGCCCUGGUACUUCA